AUGGGAGACACUUGUGAGAGCCGUGACUGCUCACCAACUGUCGGCGUGAAGGACGUAGCAGAUUGGGAGUCCUGGACCGUGCCGCUGGAUUUUCUGGAGGAUUCCCAGAUGGGCAACGGGAGCAACGUGUCCUUCCUGCAGUUCUUCAAGAACACCAACCUGGAGCGAGCUGAUGGGGUGCAAGGGGACAGCUCCGAUGUAGUGCGGAUUGUCAUCUCGCUGGUGUAUUCUGUGGUAUGUGCCCUGGGGCUGGUGGGCAACCUGCUAGUCCUCUACCUGAUGAAAAUCAAGCAAGGCUGGAGAAAGUCCCCCAUUAACCUCUUUGUAACCAGCCUGGCAGUGACCGACUUCCAGUUUGUGCUGACAUUGCCAUUCUGGGCAGUGGAGAAUGCACUGGAUUUCAACUGGCUCUUUGGUAAGGCAAUGUGUAAGAUUGUCUCCUAUGUGACAGCCAUGAAUAUGUAUGCCAGUGUCUUUUUUCUCACUGCCAUGAGUAUAGCUCGAUACCACUCUGUGUCUACAGCCUUGAAGAAUCACCGGAGAGGUGACACACUGGGUGGCUGCUGCUCUGCCAAGUGGCUUUGUGUACUCAUCUGGUUGUUGGCUAUCCUGGCUUCCCUGCCCCAUGCCAUUUUUUCCACCACUGCCACUGUCUUUGAUGAUGUGCUCUGUCUUGUCAAGUUCCCUGAAGGCCGAGGCAGCAAUGCCCAGUUCUGGCUGGGUAUGUACCACAUCCAGAAGGUGCUGUUGGGCUUUGUGGUGCCAUUGAUAAUCAUCAGCCUCUGCUACUUGCUCCUGGUACGCUUCAUCAAUGAGAAACAUGUUGGCAGCAAGUGCAGUGGCCCCGGUUCCAAGCGCCGUGCCAAAGUGACUAGGUCAGUGUCCAUCGUUGUGCUGGCUUUCUUCUUGUGCUGGCUGCCUAAUCAAGCGCUCACAACAUGGGGCAUCCUCAUCAAACUCAACGUGGUGAACUUCAGUGCCGAGUAUUUCCUCUCCCAAGUGUACUUCUUCCCCAUCAGCGUGUGCCUGGCACACUCCAAUAGCUGCCUCAAUCCCAUCCUCUACUGCCUCAUGCGCAGGGAGUUUCGCAGCUCACUGAAGAGCCUCCUCUGGAGAAUCACCUCACCUUCCCUCACCGCCAUGCGUCCUUUCACCAACACCACCAAGCCUGAGCAGGAGGAGCAGGUCCUGCAUGCCCUGGUGCCUGACCAGCCUGUCCAGCCCGUCGCUGCUUCUUGCCCUCCCGCAACCAUCCAGCCGGAGGUAGUCUACUACCCACCUGGGGUGGUGAUGUACAGCAGCCGCCAUGACCUGCUGCCCGCUAGCUCUGCGGAGCAGCACUGCUGAGAUUGGCAGGGGCUUUUGGGGGUGGGACUG